AUGGGGAGAUCAUGUCUUCCCAAAUGCAGGCUUGCCAGAAUAAUCGGUUGGAUACAGAUGAUUUUGGGAGGGUUGGUCAUCUUGGUAAGCAUUUUGAGUCUCACUAGAUUCUACUAUGCAGGGUUUUUCCUCCACAAUGAAGAUAUAUGCCAACAUUUCUACAAUGUGAGGGAUGUUUCUGAUGGUUUUGAUGUCAAAUCAUUCUCAGAGAGAGCUGGAGAAGUGAUAGACAUGUUAGAAACUUUGCAGGGCAAGCUUGAGUCAAAACUGCAAGAAAUGGAGAAAAACAAGGGUACCUUGUUGGACAAGAAGUUUCUAGAGGACCAAAUAGUUGGGCCUCUUCACCGUGCCAAUGUUGCUGUAAGGCAGAUUCGGGUUCCAAAGGUUGCAGGGAUGAACUCCACAGUGAAGGAGGAUUCUUUGAUCAAUUUUUUCAUCACUGAGGAGAUUAGAAAGUACAUAACCCCAAAGGAGAAUAGAGUUGGCAAGAUCAACGUAUAUGGUACAGAAAAGGUUUACAACACAAUUGGUCAUGCCUGUGUUUUGUACAAGAACGAGCUAGAGAAGUACAUGGACUAUGACAUUGGCUCCUACUGUGAUGAUGAUUGGAAUUUGGCUCAGAAGCUUAUGCUUAAUGGGUGUGACCCUUUGCCUAGAAGGAGGUGUUUGACAAGGGCCUCAAAGGAGUACCAACGGCCAUACCCUAUCAAUGAAUCACUCUGGAGACUACCAGAUAGAAGAAAUGUAAGGUGGGGGAAUUACCAAUGCAGAAACUUUGAGUGCUUAUCCAGCAAGAACCCAAAAAGGGGUUACUCAAAAUGCACUGGAUGCUUUGAAAUGGAGAAGGAAAAGCAGAAAUGGGUGUCUAAUAGUUCACUUCUUGUAGACUUUCUUAUCAGUGAAGUUUUGGCAAUUAAGCCAGGAGAGGUUAGGAUUGGACUAGACUACGGCAUUGGCACUGGCACAUUUGCAGCAAGAAUGAGGGAGCAAAAUGUGACAAUUGUCUCAACUGCACUCAACCUUGGGGCUCCUUUCAAUGAGAUGAUAGCUCUUAGGGGUUUGGUGCCUUUAUAUGUCACAUUAAACCAAAGGCUUCCAUUCUUUGAUAACACUAUGGACUUGGUGCACACCAAUGGUUUCAUGGAUGGUUGGAUUGAUCUUUUGUUGUUGGACUUUGUACUGUAUGAUUGGGAUAGAAUUCUAAGACCAGGAGGUUUAUUGUGGAUAGACAGGUUCUUCUGCAGCAGAAAGGAUUUGGAUAACUAUAUCUACAUGUUUCUUCAAUUAAGGUAUAAGAAACACAAGUGGGUUAUUUCUCCAAAGUCAAAGGAUGACGUAUAUCUCUCUGCAUUGCUGGAAAAACCUCCUAGAGCCAUAUGA